CUCCUUCAGGACUCAGUUUUUCAUUCAGUUCUGUACGGGAUUACCAGUGGCGCACGACCUGUUUCUGUUACCUGUUGUGAAGAGAAAAGUGACCUACAUUUCAACACUUUAACGAAUAUAUUUCCUCUCAAGUGUGAGCCUGGACCUUUGGAAUGGCAGUGAAGGCAUCGGAUCUUGGGUCAGUUAGUAUUACUAUGGAGGACAGCCUGUGUAAUGGAGGAACACAGCCACAGGAAGCUCCACUGCUAACCCAUCUGAAAAAGGUAGAGAACCACAUCACAGAGGCACAGCGCUUCUCUCACCUGCCCAAACGCACUGCUGUGGACCUGGAGUUCAUAGACCUGUCCUACACCAUCAGAGAAGGGCCGUGGUGGAAGAAACAAGGUUAUAAGGCCCUACUCAAGUGUCUAUCGGGGAAGUUUUGCAGUCGGGAACUCAUUGGCAUUAUGGGCCCCUCUGGGGCUGGAAAAUCCACUUUGAUGAACAUCCUGGCGGGAUACAGGGAAACAGGAAUGACUGGACAGAUCCUGGUAAAUGGAAAGCUCAGAGACCUCCGAACCUUUCGUAAAAUGUCCUGUUACAUUAUGCAAGAGGACAAAUUGCUGCCCCACUUGACUGUUCAAGAAGCAAUGAUGGUAUCAGCCAACCUGAAGCUCAAUGAAGAAACAGAGGUGAAAAAAGAGCUGAUAAAAGAAAUUCUGACAGCCCUGGGACUGUAUGAGUGUGUCCACACUCGAACUGUGUGUCUCUCUGGGGGCCAGUGUAAGCGGUUGGCUAUUGCCCUUGAGCUAGUAAACAACCCCCCAGUCAUGUUUUUUGAUGAGCCCACCAGUGGUUUGGAUAGCGCAUCCUGUUUCCAGGUAGUGUCAUUGAUGAAGUCUCUGGCACAAGGAGGGCGAACUAUCAUUUGCACUAUUCACCAGCCCAGUGCCAAACUGUUCGAGAUGUUUGAUAAGCUGUAUAUUUUAAGCCAAGGCCAGUGCAUAUACAAAGGAAGUGUCCCAUACCUCAUCCCUUAUUUGAGAGGACUGGGUCUUCACUGUCCCACAUACCACAAUCCUGCAGAUUUCAUCAUUGAAGUAGCAUCAGGAGAGUACGGGGACUUGAACCCAGUGUUGUUUGAGGCUGUUCAGGGUGGCAAGUGUGCAUUGGAGCAAAAGUGCAACUGUAUCGACAAAACCACUGUAACACCAUGCAAUGCAAAUUGUGUCAAAGAUUCAGGGCAUGUUGAGAGCCAUACUUUCGCAACAAGCUCUCUGACUCAGUUCUGCAUUCUCUUCAAGAGAACAUUUAUUACAAUAUGCAGAGACCAGGUUUUGACACAUCUGCGGCUAAUGUCACACAUCUCCAUUGGAGUGCUGAUAGGCCUGCUGUACCUCAAUAUUGGCAAUGACGCCAGCAAAGUCUUCAACAACACUGGUUUCCUCUUCUUCUCAAUGCUCUUUCUCAUGUUUGGAGCACUGAUGCCUACAGUUCUUACCUUUCCCCUAGAGAUGGCUGUGUUUAUGAGGGAACAUCUAAACUACUGGUACAGCUUGAAGGCUUACUAUCUGGCUAAGACAAUGGCUGACAUUCCAUUCCAGGUCCUUUGUCCUAUCAUGUACUGCAGUAUUGUAUACUGGAUGACUGAACAGCCUCCAGAGGCAAGCCGCUACUUGCUGUUUUUGGCUUUGUCGAUCUGCACAGCUUUAGUAGCCCAGUCUCUUGGACUUCUAGUCGGUGCUGCCUCCACAUCCCUUCAGGUAGCCACUUUUGUCGGUCCGGUUACAGCCAUUCCGGUGCUACUAUUCUCAGGGUUUUUUGUGAACUUUGACACCAUUCCAGGAUACCUACAAUGGAGUUCUUACGUGUCCUAUGUCCGGUAUGGGUUUGAGGGGGUGAUUUUGUCCAUUUAUGGAAUGAAUCGAACCGAGCUUGAAUGUCCAGGGAGGGUUUGCAAGUUCCAAAGACCUGAAGAAGUACUGCAGUUAUUAGAUGUAGAAGAUGCCAAGCUUUACAUGGACUUCAUCGUAUUGGGGAUUUUCUUCCUCAUCCUGCGACUCGCCACCUACUUGGUUCUUCGGUACAAAAUAAAGUCAGAACGAUAAUAUUCAAGUCAUGGCCUUGAAUGGUCUGCAGCUCUUGUGGCCUAUUUUCAGGCUACACAUAUACACUAUAAUUUCCAAAGGUGUCAUUAUCUGCUCAGGAAGGUCAGAUUUAUUUGUUCAUAAUUUUCGUGUUCUGGUUUUUGUUUUUAAUUUGGAAUAAAUGAAUUAAAUGUCACUGUCUACAGAACUGG